AUGGUGCUAUGGAGGUAUGUGAUCCCUGUGUUGGUGGUUGUGAUAUAUGUGGCAAAGUCUGUAACUUUGAAACGAAACACCCGCAAACGACUACCGCCGGGAAGAAGAGGGUGGCCGGUGGUUGGGGAUAGCAUCAGUUGGUAUAAUUCUGUAGCAAGUUCUCAUCCUGCUACCUUUGUUCAGCAACAAGUUUUAAGGUACGGAAAGAUAUUCUCAUGCAACAUAUUUGGGAGAACAGCAGUGGUAUCGGCUGAUCCGAUUUUCAAUAGAUAUGUAAUGCAUAACGAAGGAAAGCUUUUCAAAUCCAGUUACCCAAAGUCGUUCAGAGACUUGGUUGGGGCGAACGGCGUCAUCACGGUCCAAGGAGAUCUACAUCGGAAGCUUCACAUGAUUGCAUCAAAUAUGAUGCGUACCGAGAGCUUGAAAUCCAAUUUCUUGAUUGAUAUUCAACUCGUUAUGCAUCAAACUUUCAAUAAUUUUCACAAUGAUCAGACAAUUUUACUUCAAGAUGUCUGCAGAAAGUUGGCUAUAAAUUUGAUGGUGAAUCAGCUACUAGGGGUCUUAAGUGAGUCAGAAGUGGGCGAAAUGGCAGACCUUUUCUCAGUGUUCGUAGAUGGAUGUUUGUCCCUUCCCAUCAGUUUGCCAGGCUUUGCUUAUCAUAGUGCUAUGAAUGCACGUAAAAAUAUAAUUAGAAAGAUCAAGAAAAUUAUAGUGGAAACUAGGUACAGAGACGGCGAUGGUGGUUUGGUUAGAAGACUGACGAAAGAGGGAAGUCUUUCUGAUGAUUCAAUUGCUGACUUUAUCAUCAACCUCUUAUUUGCCGGAAAUGAGACAACAGCUAAAACCAUGCUUUUCGCCAUAUAUUUCUUGACUAGUUCUCCAGAUGCCGUUAAUCAACUCUUGGAGGAGCACCAAAACAUAAGGUUUAAAAAACUCCAUUCAGGUGGUGAAAUCGACAUGAUAACAUGGGAAGAAUACAAAUCGAUGUCAUUUACUCAAAACGUAAUCGAUGAAACUCUUCGUUUAGGUGGGAUUGCGAUUUGGUUAAUGAGGGAAGCAAAAGAAGAUGUUAAAUAUCAAGAUUACGUUAUCCCAAAAGGAAGCUUCGUGGUUCCAUUCCUUUCGGCGGUUCAUCAAGAUGAAAAUGUUCAUGAAGGAGCGACUACGUUCAAUCCUUGGCGAUGGAUGGAUUCUGAAAACCAAGACAAGAGAAAUUGGAGAAAUAGUCCAUUCUAUUCACCAUUCGGAGGAGGACCUCGUUUGUGUCCUGGUGCAGAGUUGGCUAGACUUCAGAUUGCUCUAUUUUUACACCAUUUUGUAAUUUCUUACAGGUGGAGCCAGGUGAAGGAGGAUAAAAUGUCUUUCUUCCCAUCAGCAAGAUUAGUUAACGGAUUUCCAAUCCAACUAACUAAAAUAACAUGAUACAUUAUAUGUA